UCUUCGCUACCCCCGGGCAAGUGGUCUGCCGGGGGAUUUGUUAACAUCAAGCUGGAUCUCUUGCGGUGGACCGUUUGUUUCGUAGGCUGCUUGGCACUUGUUGUGGCCGAGGCUGUCGCUCACGAGCAGCACUCUGCCCAACAGUCGCAGCAGCCGAGCACCGAAGAAACGACCAAGGAGACGGCAAUAUUUACGGUAGAUUCACCGCUGCCACGGGCAUCUACGAGCCCUAAUGAAUCCGUUUGGACCAAGGAUGAAAGGAUAGUGGCGUUGGAAGAUCGACACUCACCACACCAUGCACAUCAUCCUGCCGAUGAAACAGCUUCGGCUGCGGCCUCGACGUUUGCAGUUUCAGCGUCGGCGUCAUCCGGAAGCGGUGACGGCACGGUGCCGUACGCCUCAUCCAGUAUCAGUGCCAGCCAUGGGCGAGGAUCGCAUGAACGAAUCGACGAACGAAACGAUUCAGACCGGCCUCAAAAUGAUACGCACGUUCAGCAGCGUUACAUACAUAACAGUAAUGACACAACGUUUCGUUUGCUGUUGACUUCGGCGCAGAAAAAAAGCGGUGCCGAUGGACGAGAUGGUGCUAGUGGGACCACGGCCGUACGUGAUGCCGAUAGCUGGCUGUGGGUGCAGUUUGCCUGGUCGUGGCCAGAUUGUUUCUCACUUGGACUUCGGGAGCAUCUUUACUAUCAACUAGGCCAUGCGUUGUUUCUACUGGCGUUUCUGGCACCAAGCACGGCCUGUGGUGCCCUAUGGCUACGCUGUGCCGCACUCGCCGGUUGCAUUCUAAUGGGACUCUGGGGUUGGCUUGUCGCUUGUAGCCUUGAUGCUGUUGGCUGGUUCGGACUGUUCCUGGGCGUUAAUGCUGUGUACGCGGUAGCGUUGCUACUCAAACUACGGCCGGUUAAGUUCGAGCGGGAAAUCGAAUCGGUGUACGUGGCCUUGUUCAAGCCGUUGCGUGUGUCACGCCACCAGUUCAAGAAGGUGCUGAACUGCAUGAAGAUCGUGCGGGCGCUCAAGUUCCAGGAAAUCUAUGUGCAGGAAAAAGUUACCAAAGUUGAUAGUUUGUCACUUGUGCUGUCGGGAAAAUUAGUAGUUUCACAGAAUCAAAAAGCGCUUCAUAUAGUAUUUCCCCAUCAGUUUCUCGAUUCACCCGAAUGGUUCGGUGUCUCAACCGACGAUUUUUUUCAGGUGUCCAUCAUGGCGAUGGAGGAAUCGCGCGUCCUGAUCUGGCAUCGUGACAAGUUGAAGCUGUCGAUCAUGGCGGAACCGUUCCUGCAGACCGUGUUCGACCACAUCCUCAGCAGGGACGUAGUCAAAAAGCUAAUACAGGUCACCCAAGUCAGUGAAACGAUGGCCCAGAGCAACGAUUGCAUCUCGUCCGGCGAUGGAGACGACUCGGAGGACAAACCGAUGCUAGUGAUAAAAAGCAAGAUGUCCGACAACGGAGGUCACGGCAUUACCGCCCUCAUAAAUCGUCAACUACAAGCCCUUCCCCGGAUCUCGAAGUAUUAUUACUGCGUAGCAAACGAUCAUAAUGCCUGGCGACUGGGGAGAAUUGAUGAGACUGACCACGAAACAGCGGUAUAGGUGAAGGAUGUCAGGAAAUAGCGGUUAACUGGUGGCCUGGUGUACAUGCUGCAGCGGAUGCGAACAUCCUUUUCAACAAAUUAUGUGAUAAUAUCGAUGUUAAUUAUAAGGGGCAGCAACGCAAUGCCAAUGCGAAAAUUGAGCCUCUAUGUAUCGUUGACUAAGUUUUUGCACCGGUCACACUCAUUCACAGGGGGUUAAACAUAUAGGUAUCACUUACGAAGAAUGGUAAUCACUCAGAGCAUAUUCGGGUCCCACAUUGUACUGUAUUCCAAGGGUGGGCUUUGCCACAACGGACUUUGCGCUGAACGCACGUUGACGAGGUUUACUUUCUAGGUAACAAUUGCCUUUCCGUUCUACUUCUAAGUAACGU